UUCCGUAAUUAAACCACCUCCGAAGACCACUACUUCGUCGCGAGUGUCCCCACAAGUCCGGAGAACCAGCUCCGAACAUUAAUGGUCCUUCGAGCCGGAUUUGUGCGUUUUAGUGGCCAAAAACUGGCGAAAAAAGUGAUCAUUUGUGUGUGGUGAUAGUGUCACAGUCAACACUGCCUCAAGUGUGCUGCAUUGCGAGCGGCAAUUUUGGCGUCGAAUCCCGAUUCGACGAUUGCGGAUCCGGCAGAGCAACCGGAUUUCUACUACGGCCUGUCCCCAAGGCGCGGAUACCACGGAGACGGAGCAUUUCGGCGUUUUCGAGGCGCAUUUCGACACCUUCCUCCAGAACCUGGCGAAUCCAGCGUGGCUUGAGUCAGUGAACAAAGAGGUUAGCGUGAGUACACACACGCAUCAAGGUACGGCUAUUCUUUUAUACAAAUAAAGUUGCAUGCGAGUUUUACUGUAGCAAAUAAGGAAUUUGUUCGCGAUUUGAUUGAUUUUUUUGGGCAAUUGACCACGCUACGUUUUUUGGAAUUUGAUUGGGUUUGCGAUUUGGAAAAAUAUCUGAAAAUGGCAUCUUUGCGCGAAUUGUGCAAGAUCGAGCGGGGGUACAUGGACUCCAUGGCCAACGUGGAGGCUUUCGUUGAAAAUUUCAAUGCACCACGUGACACGGUCAGGAUUGCUUCACGCUUGGAGCAUUCGGAAACGCUUUUCAAAGAGUUUCGUGAUAACCGUGCGAAAAUUGAAGUGAGACAGGAGCAAGAUUUGAAAUUGUCCGCUGAGGAAGGCAAGGAGGAGCAGCUGAAGAAGGACGUCGAAGCUGGCAACAGAAAAACUCGCCUGGAUUUUGAGGACAGGUACUUCGAUGCGAAAGAUUUCCUAACGUCGCACCGAGGCAAUCCGACAGCUGUAGCUUCUUCCGCUCCGCCCUGCCAAAUUCCUAACUCCCGAAUCCAUCUCCCUGUUUUCAAAAUUCCUUCCUUUGACGGCUGUGUUAAAGAUUGGUUGAGUUUUCGUGACGCUUUCCAGAGCAUGAUCGGUAAAGAUGCUUCGCUUUCGCCGGUCGAUAAGUUCCAUUAUCUUCUCUCCGUGCUCACCAAAGAAGCCCGGACGUUGGUGGAAUCCAUUGAAGUGACGGCGGCCAACUUCGAUGUCGCGUGGCAGAUGCUCGAACAACGGUUCGAAAACAAAAAGAUCAUCGCUCGAGCACUGAUGGACAGUUUCCUGAAUGCCGAGCCCAUCAAGCGGGAAUCGUACGACGCUCUAGUUGGUCUCAUCGACUCGUACGAGCGAAAUCUUCUACAGCUGCGUAAAAUUGGACUGAAGACAGACGGGUGGACUCAUUUGCUCGCGCAUAUUCUGUAUACACGUCUCGAUGUUGACACGCAACGGCAUUGGGAGCGUGCUCACAACUCUCGUGAAGCACCAAAGUACGAGGACUUGUUGCAGUUUCUUCGGGAUCACCUCGCAACCCUACAACCCCUGGCAUCCAUGAAAUCCCGGGGUUCGGACUCUCAUCUAGAUCAUGGGAAAUCGACGGCCAAGUCCAAGGUCGGUUCGACUCUCACAACUACUACGACUCCGAAAAAAGUUUGUCCACACUGUCAAAAAUCCUCUCACUCUCCUUUCAAAUGCGAAUCCUUUAUCAGUAUGAAUCCUUCCCAAAGGCUAGAAUCAGUCAGGAAAGCUGGUUUGUGCCUAAAUUGUCUUUCCUCUUCCCACUUGGUCAGGGCUUGUCCUAGCUCAGCUUGUCGUGCCUGCGGUCAAAAGCACCAUACGAUGCUGCAUUUGCGCCCAGCAAGCAACGGACAAGAUCACUCGCAAUCGCAACCCACGAAACCCGCUAUUCCACAAAGUCAGCCCGCAAUCGCACCUUUGAACAAUUCCUCCGCUUCGCAAUCGCAAACAGUUACCAUCGCACCCUCCGCUGGCCCAUCCACCUCUCGUCCAGUCGCUCUUCCUGCCACUACUACUGCCGAUAGUAGCGUGAUUCUUCUCUCGACUGCUGUCGUCAAGAUAGCUGACUACAACGGGAAUGUCCAGUUCGCUCGCGCCCUCCUUGAUUGCUGCUCCGAACGAAAUCUGAUGAGUGAACAUUUGGCGCAGAAAUUGGAUCUACGUCGGCAGAAUGACUCGCUGUCUCUCCAAGGUGUGGGUCCCAGUGCUGCUGUGUCGAAGCAAUCGACGACAGCAAACGUACGAUCGCGUUGUACAGAUUUUGCUGUUGACCUCAAGUUCCACAUUUUGCCGGAGUUCAAGCCGAUUUUACCGUCGAACCGGUUGUCGGCAGCCUCCUGGAAGAUUCCUCCAUCCAUACAACUUGCUGAUCCUCGCUUCUUUGAGCCGAAUCGCAUCGAUGCUAUCAUCGGAGCCGAAGUGUACUAUCGUCUACUGCUAGAAGGUUUCGUCGACCUCGGACCGGAACUACCCCAGUUGAAGGAAACGGUUUUUGGGUGGAUAGUAUCCGGAGAAGUGAAUACGGUGGACUCGAGCCUGUCUGCCACCACGCUAGUCUGCAGCAACGCUGAGUUGGAAAAUCAGCUUGCUCGCUUCUGGGAAGUUGAGUCGUGCAAUACGAAUGAGACCUUCUCCACGGAAGAACGGAAAUGCGAAACUCAUUUUGCCGCCACCACUAUUCGAGACUCCACUGGAAUAUUUGUGGUGUCAUUACCGAAGAAACCCGAUGUUCUGGAUAGGUUGGGAGACUCUCGUUCCAUUGCAACUCGACGCUUUUUGUCCCUGGAACGACGACUUCAGGCGAAUCCUUCACUGUUGGAGGCGUACACCGAUUUCAUACAGGAGUAUGUUCAUCUAGGACACAUGGCACCAAUCGAUACUAGCGCAGAAAUUGUGAUUCCGGGGCAGAAGUCCUAUUAUAUGCCUCACCAUUGCAUCGUUCGACCGGAGAGUGUCACGACGAAACUCCGCGUCGUCUUUGAUGCGUCGUGCCCCACUGAUACUGGUGUCUCGUUGAACGACGCACUGAUGGUGGGUCCAGUUGUCCAGGACGACCUGUACAGCAUCAUCCUACGAUUCAGACUUCCUCGCUUCGUCAUCGUCGCCGAUUUGCAGAAAAUGUACCGGCAAGUGUUGGUAUCACCGUCUGAUCGGCCCUUGCAACGUCUUCUGUUUCGAUCGUCACCAUCGGAACCUCUUCAAACCUUCGAAUUGCUGACGGUUACUUAUGGUACGGCGGCAGCUCCGUACCUGGCGACACGUUGUCUUCAGCAACUCGCCUCUGACGGCGAAUCGACUCACCCAAAGGCCGCAGAGGUGGUGUCAAAAGACUUCUACAUUGACGAUCUGCUUACGGGAGUAGCAUUGGAAGAAGAAGGUGUUGAACUUUGCCGAGAGCUGAUUGAUCUCUUGCAGUCGGCUGGAUUUAAGUUGCACAAAUGGGCAUCCAACAGUUCGGCUAUUCUACAGCAUAUUCCAGCGGAGUUUCGAGAAGAUCGAAGUCUGGUGGAGCUCGAUUCGUCAUCCUCGCCUGUGAAAACCUUGGGGCUGCUCUGGCAGCCAAACGAAGACGUCUUCCGCUUCAAAAUACCCACUUGGACCCAGGACGCUGCUAUAACCAAACGAUUGGUGCUUUCUGAGGCAGCACGCUUAUUCGACCCUCUCGGCCUGUUGGGGCCAGUGGUACUACGCUCGAAACUUUUCAUGCAGGAGUUAUGGAAAGCGAAGGUUUCCUGGGACAAUCCGCUCAACGAUCGUCAACAGCAAUUCUGGAAAUCCUUCUGAAAUGAUCUCGAAAUUCUCGACGAGUUUACCGUUCCACGGUGGGCGGCAUCCUGUAACGAUCCAGUCUACGUAGAGCUGCAUGGGUUCAGUGACGCCUCCGAACGCGCAUACGGCGCGUGCAUCUACCUCUGCACAGUUUCGUCCAGCGGAAACGUCUCGGUUCAUCUGCUUACAGCUAAGUCAAAAGUGGCUCCGACGGGAACUGAGAAAUUUGGUUCUACUAUUCGCUUACCGCGUUUAGAACUCUGUGGUGCUCUCCUACUCAGCCAUUUGUUCGAAAAAGUGGAAACCAGUCUUCGUAUCCAAGCCCGUCCUUUCUUCUGGACGGAUUCAACUAUUGUCGUCCACUGGUUGUCCGCUUCACCGUCUCGUUGGAAAACUUUUGUUGGCAACCGGGUGGCUGAAAUUCAGCAAAUCACCGCUGCUGGAAGCUGGAGACACGUUCCAGGCACCGAUAACCCAGCAGAUGUCAGAUCCCGGGGAAUGUCUGCAACGGAGCUUGUAGACAAUAUGCUGUGAUGGCAGGGACCACAAUGGUUGCAGCAACCCAACAGGUUCUGGCCCGCGUUAGUCAAAACCUCCGACGAUCACUUCAGUUCAGAGCAACUCCAGGAUAAACCCACGGUUUCGCUGCCUACAGUCGUCCAAAGUUCAAUAUUCGCCCUGAAAUCGUCUCUCUCCAGUCUCGUCAGAUUGGUAGCCUACAUACAGAGAUUCUGCUACAAUUCGAAGAUACGUAAUGUGUCUAGCCGCAGAUCCGGAGCCUUAACCACAGCAGAGUUGGACGAAGCGUUGUGUAGUUUGGCCAAACUUGCUCAACAGGAAUCGUUUCCGGAAGACCUGCACUCUAUCCGCACCAUUGGUCAAGUGAAGUCAACGUCGAAGCUGAAAACUCUGUCUCCAGUUCUCGUCAAUGGUAUUCUUCGCACUAGAGGACGUCUCAACAAUGCAGCUGUCCCGUACGCUCAGAAGCAACCUAUAAUCUUGGACAACAAGCAUCCGUUCACGCUGUUAGUCGUUCGUCACUACCACCUUCGUCAACUACAUGCUGGACCGACGCUUCUGAUAGCAAGCGUUCGUGCGAAGUUCUGGCCUCUCCGGUUACGUGAUGUCGUGCGAAAGGUUACGCACGAGUGCGUUACCUGUUUUUGAAAUCGGCCAAGCUUCACAGAACAAAUAAUGGCAGACUUGCCACCAGUUCGGGUAUCGCCAGCGUUGCCGUUCCUGAACGCUGGGGUGGAUUUCUGCGGACCUUUCUAUCUCCGACCUCCGACAAGGAAAGCUGCGCCGGUGAAAUCUUUUGUAGCUGUCUUCGUUUGUCUAUCAACCAAGGCAGUACACCUAGAGUUGGUAGGCAAUUUGUCAGCCGACUCGUUUAUCGCUUCCCUGAAGAGGUUUGCUGCACGCCGAGGAGUUCCGCAGACCAUUUACUGCGACAAUGCGACAAACUUUGUCGGCGCUCGCCGAAUACUGAAUGAGUUUCUGAAUCUGUUUCGGACCCAGCAGAAUCGAUUGGAUCUCGAACGACAAUGCUCCGCUGAGGGCAUUCAGUUCUCGUUUAUUCCUCCGAGAUCGCCGCACUUCGGGGGAAUCUGGGAAGCAGCGGUUAAAUCCCUUAAGACCCAUCUCCGUCGCACUCUUGCAAACGCAAUGGUGACACCCGAGCAGUUCCACACAGUGCUUACGCAGACCGAGGCACUGCUAAACUCUCGACCGUUAACGCAGCUCAGCAAUUCCCCAGAAGACUUGGACGUCCUCACGCCAGGUCACUUUCUAGUACACCGACCGCUGACUGCAAUCCCGGAGCCCUCAUACGAAGAAGUUCCUUGCAACCGACUUUCUCAAUGGCAGAUGACACAGGAGUUCGUCCGCCGCUUGUGGAAGCAAUGGUCCACCGAAUACCUAUCGGGGCUGCAACAGCGAACCCGAUGGACACACGAGCGAAACAACAUUCGCGUAGGAACUAUGGUUCUAGUUCGCGAUGACAAUCUGCCGCCGCAAAAGUGGCGUUUCGGGCGCGUUAUUGAAACAUUCCCUGGAAACGACGGACUCAUCCGGGUCGUCAACAUCCGAACCAAGGACGGCAUCUUCAAGAGAGCCAUCACACGCGUGUGCGUUCUACCGAUUCCCGACAACCUACCCGAGGACCAGGAAGCAGCGUAGUUCCAGUAGUUCGCGGUCCCAGCAACACAAGCGUUGUCGGAUUGGAGGAGGCCCUAUGGUCUCCUCCCAAAAUAAGUAUCUAGUUUUCAUUUCCUGAACCUUGUUUUCUCCGACCUAAAACCAAUCGUAUUGGCAGGCACCCUGGACUAUGACCAUCGUAACGACGGAGAGGACUAGACCUGGUGCAUCGACAUUCAUUGACCGACCGGAGUUCACCGAGCCUCAACCCGUCGACCAACAACCAACGAAAAUAUCUGUUGAAUUUGUAAUACAUAGUGUUAGUAGUUCAUUAAGCUCAGUCAGGAUAGGAGUUAGUAUUGAAAUGUAUAUUUCAAUGGUGGGCGGAAUGUUAGGAACCGUCUAUAUUUAUUAUAUUUACCCUACACGAAUAGGUCUCUCUUCUCACUGCCCAAAGCAGAGAAGCAGAGAAUAACCACACUCUCUCCACCUAUUGCCAUAGCAGAUAAUACCAUUGUAAUUAGAACCGAAUCGACCUUUGCGCUAUACACAUCGUUUUCGCUAGCUGCAAUAAAGCAACGUGUGCCAGUCGCGCGUAUCACGUGUUUCGUAGCCUAACCUUGUCGCGUUUUUGUUCCGUAAUUAAACCACCUCCGAAGACCACAACUUCGUCGCGAGUGUCUCCACAAGUCCGGAGAACCA